UGAUUCCAGAGGGAGUCUUCGUUGUCUGUUAAAGCGAAGGAAUUCAUUUCAAAAGAAACAUCUGACAUCAGUAAAUAAUGGGUGACUGGUCAUUUCUGUCAACGUUGCUGGACAAAGUGCAGACCCACUCCACGGUCAUUGGGAAAGUCUGGCUGACCGUGCUCUUCGUCUUCAGGAUCCUGGUCCUGGGAACUGGAGUAGAGAAAGUGUGGGGGGACGAACAGUCAGACUUUGUCUGCAACACAAAACAACCCGGCUGUGAGAACGUGUGCUACGACAAGGCAUUCCCCAUCUCGCACGUCCGCUUCUGGGUCAUGCAGAUCAUCUUUGUCUCCACGCCGACCCUCAUGUACCUGGGUCAUGUCAUGCUGAUUGUCCACAAGGAAAACAAACUGAGACACCACCUGCAAAGCCAGGAGAACCAGACGGGGAAGGUACCCAAAUACAGCGACGAGAGAGGCAAAGUUCAAAUUAAAGGGAAUCUGCUCGGCAGUUAUUUGGUGAACGUGUUUUUCAAGAUCCUGUUUGAGACGGCCUUCAUUGUGGGCCAGUAUUACCUAUACGGCUUUACGCUGGAGCCCAUGUUUGUGUGCUCCAGGAAACCUUGUCCAUUUCAUGUAGAGUGUUACAUAUCUCGACCAACAGAGAAGACCAUCUUCAUCAUAUUCAUGCUGGUUAUUGCCUGUGUGUCUCUGCUCUUGAAUGUAGCAGAGAUAUUUCACUUGAUUUGUUCCCGGUCAAGCAGAAAGCACACACACUUGAAUGGAGGUAGCCAACAGCAUAAUUAGGAUGGUGGACUACAGAAUUAACUGAACUUGGGCUUUAUUGACGAAUUUUUAGGCAGUUAUGAACAAAAUCACCCACAUGUUUCUUUUACAUCUUUCCUUGCUUGUGUUGCACUGGAAAAGUCAAAGACAAUGUCUGGUUAAUACAUG